AUGACGGAUGACGUUGAUUCCUCCACCCCUUCACCUGCCUCGGGCAUCCACACUCCUCCCACACCAAAACACGGAUACGGAGAUUCUUGGGAGCCCUACUCAUCUCGUAAAUCUGCGCGCCUCGCACAACGAGCCCACAACCGGACACCAUCUCCCCGGUCAAGCACUCGACGUUCAGAUCAUCGCAAUCCCUCCCUUGGAUCACCACCAGCCAAGAAAACCUACCCCACUACAAUGGCUUCGCCUGCCACUUCACCCCAGAAGAAACGUUUGCCCGCCAUGGACGGUUUGCGCCGCGCCUCAGGAACGCUGACGGCGGAGGGCACAGCGCAUGCCGCUGCUGCUCUCGGCCUUGCGGACAAGACCGAGUCUCGCUCUACCCGCCCCGCUGUCAUGAGCGCCACUGGCAUGCUUCCGACUCCCGCCAAGACACCUCAGAAGCCCCCAACCGAGCAGAGCAAGGCGAAGAUCAAGUCCAUUGCGCGCAAUCUUUUCUCCCACGACGAAGACGCCAUGCCUACCCCAAAGAAGACUCGCGCCAAGAAGCACCUGCUUGACAGCUUCUCCGUCGAUGAGGUCGACGAGCCGAUUGCCAUCUUCACCGACUCGCAUGAGCGCGUCCCCGAGAUUGAUACGAGUGCUGAGAAUCCAUUCUACGGCCCCCAAACCACUCCUCUGCGCGAGCCGGCUAAGCGCCGAAGCAAGCGCCAGCAAGUGACAAUUCCGGGUGAGGGCAAAGACGGCAUGCUCACUGUUUUCCGUGGAAAGAAGCAGUUCCGCAAAUUUGCCGAUAUUGACGAGAUUUCCGGCAACAACAGCGAAGGCACAGAUGAAGCCGACGGCGGAUUGGAGGGUAGCGGGUCUCGUCCGAGACGCCCCUUGACUCGAUCUUCGAUCAAACCCAGACUACUCUUCCCGGUGAAGCCGCAGGAGGGAGCUGGUACUCUGGAUGAGGAUGAGGAGGCAGUUACUGAUAUUGAGGACCAUGCAAUGGCUGAGGCCGAGGGCGAUGUUCCCCAUACCCCAGUGGACUUGAUGGAAGAGACGCCCGGCACGCCAGUGGCCCCCAAGUUUGCGCCCGCCUCGCCUCCCACGACUAGCCGGACUACCCGACAUGGCAACAAGACUACCGACGAGACUACGCCUAUGAAGCCUGCCCGAGCCAAGCUUACAAUGCACAUCCUCGUCGUCAACGAUGACGGCCCCCCUUCGCCACACUCGUCCCCGUAUGUCCACUCCCUGGUCCGCGAGCUCCAGGCGGCCGGCCACGUCGUAUCCGUCUGCCUGCCACACACGCAGCGGUCCUGGAUCGGCAAGGCGCACAUAAUCGGCCAGACCGUCAAGCCCACGUACUACCGGCCCCCGCCGGCAUCGGCGCCAGCCGCGGGCCUCGGGUCGCCGGGCGACGACCAGGGGAAGCAGGCCGACCAGGGCACGACGCACGCGCGCCCGUCAACGCGGCCGGGCACGGAGGAGUGGGUUCUCGUGGACGGCACGCCGGCCAGCUGCGUGCAGAUCGGGCUGCACCACUUCUUCGCGGAGCGCGGGCCGGUCGACCUGGUGGUCAGCGGGCCCAACUACGGGCGCAACACGACGGCCGUGUUCGCGCUCAGCUCGGGCACGCUGGGCGGCGCGCUCGAGGCCGCCGUGUGCCGCCGCAGGGCCGUCGCGCUGAGCUACGCCUUCUUCAACCGCAACCACGACGCCGACGUCAUCGCCGCCGCGGGGCGGCGGAGCGUCAAGGUCCUGGAGGCCCUAGCCGCGCAGUGGCCCGAAGACGGCAGCGUCGACCUGUAUAGCGUCAACGUGCCGCUCGUGGAGGGGCUGGAGGAGGGGAAGGUGCUCUACACGGAGAUGCUGCAGAACUACUGGGAGGACGGAAGCUGCUUCACCGAGGUGGACGGGAGCGUGGACGGCCGGGAGGAGGACGAGGAGAGAAUCAGGGAGGACGAGAGCAGGAUCGAAGAAAACGCGGAGGAAGCGGCGGAUAGCCACGGUCACAAGCAUAUGCAUUUCAAGUGGUCGCCGAGGUUCUCCGAUGUUUACAAGAGCGUUGAGGAAGCACCGCCGGGAAAUGACGGAUGGGCCGUUAAGGAGGGCCAUACAAGUGUGACGCCACUAAAAGCCAACUUUUAUCAGUCAGCAUCGCAUUUACACGGGAAAGAGUUGAAAUUCAAGCCAGAGGUGAAAACAGAAAACCACCUCUGGGCUCUCAUCGCCUACGAAGAUGACUACGUCCAGCCCCUCAUCCUCGCCGCCAUGCGGUCCCUCCUCCCGUCCGAGAGCUGGACCCUCGUCAAAGCCCCCGCGCCGGGCAGCGAAGUCUCCCUCGCCAGUUUGGUCCCAAGCCCGGACUUCAAGAUCCUCCAGAUCACCCCCUACGAGACCAUCGACUUUGACUACGCGCAAGCGCACCCAGGAACCUGCCUGAUCAACAGCUACAUGAUCAGGAAGGCCCUGAUCCGCAAACACUUCCUGUCCGCCACCGUGGAUAUCUGGGUCGCGAAGAAUCCCGGCUCGGUCCUCAAGACGCACGUCAAGCGGAGCGAGGCCUUCGAGGUCGACUAUGCCGAAUUCCUGGACGACGCCCUGAUCGAGGCGUUCGACUUGCGGGCGAGCCUCGACCAGAAUGCCCUCGUACCUGCCAAGGAUCGAGAAUGGUGGAUCCUCAAGCCGAGCAUGAGCGACCGCGGCCAAGGGAUCCGACUUUUCAGCACGAUGGAGGAGCUCCAAGACAUAUUUGACACCUGGGAGGAAGAUCUGCCGGACAGCGAUGACGAGGAGGACGAGGACGAAGAAGGGCAGGGCGGUGCCAGCGUGGCUGAAACGACGACACGUACGCCCGGAAAGGACGACGCCGAAGGGGACUACAUCACCACGUCGCACCUCCGCCACUUCGUCGCUCAGCCCUACAUCGACCCGCCGCUGCUGCUGCCGCAGCUCGGCAACCGAAAGUUCCACAUCCGCACCUACGUCGUGGCGGUGGGGAGCCUCCGGGUCUACGUGUACAGGCACAUGCUGGCGCUCUUCGCGGCCAAGACCUACCAGCCCCCCUGGGCGGGAGGGGGCCAAGGCGAGGACGGGGAAGAGGAGGAGGGGGAGGGUGGCGGGGGCGCGAUCGACCUCGACGCGCACCUCACCAACACGUGCAUCCAGGGCCCCGGCGCGGGGCCGGACGCGGUCGCGCGGUUCUGGGACCUACCGCUCCCAGCGACGCUGGGCGGCGGCGGCGUCGGCGGCGGCUCUUCUCCCGACUCGCCGUCGCCGUCGCCGCACGAGGCCAUCUUCGAGCAGGUCUGCCGGGUGGCGGGCGAGGCGUUCGAGGCGGCGGCCAGGGAGAUGAUGGUGCACUUCCAGCCGCAGGCGGGGGCUUUCGAGGUGUACGGGGUCGACUUCCUCGUCGACGCCGCCGGGACCCUCUGGCUGCUCGAGGUCAACGCGUUCCCGGACUUUAGGCAGACGGGCGACGACCCGCGCCUGCGCGACGUCGUGGCGGGGUUCUGGGCGGGCGCGCUGCGCCUCGCUGUAGGGCCGUUUGCGGCUAGCGGCCGGGGGGAUGGAGGAGGAGGAGGAGGAGGAGGAGCUGGAGGGGCUGGAAGUGAGGGUGAAGAGGGGACGCGGGAGUUUGUGGAGCCGGACGAUAUGGUGCUUGUCAAGGACAUUGAUCUCGGACGCAGGUGA